AUGAAGACUUCUGCCGUCCUCGCUUCCCUGCUCCUCAGCCUCUCCGCUGUUGCUGCACCUGUUGACAAGCGCGCCCUCGUUAUCCACACCGAGACGGUCGUCGAGACGGUCGUCGUCUAUACCACCGUCUACGAGGACGACACCGUGCCCGAGACUGCUCCUACUCCUGCCCCAGAAGUGGUCUCCCCCGUACAGCCCAGCCCCAGCCCCAGCCCCAGCUCCAACCCCCCAGUGGCUCCGGCUCCCUCUCCUGCGCCCCCGCCUCCUCCGGCUCCCGUCGUGCCUGUUGUCGAGCAGCCCACCAGCGUCAACACACCUGCUCCUGUCCCGGCUCCGGAGACUCCUUCCCCAAGUCCUACUCCUGCACCCGUCGCGCCUGCUCCUGUUCCUGAGGCCCCCAAGCCAACCACUUCAGAGGCACCUGUCGUUCCUCUUCCUGCUCCUGCUGCCCCCGCGCCUGCCCCGCCUGCGCCUGCGCCUGCCGCCCCCGUUGACUCUGCUCCUGCAGCUCCUGAGAAGCCUGCCGGAUCUGGAAGCACAUCAUCCGGCCAGACUUUCUCCAACGUUGACAUCACCAUCUAUGACAACAACGGCAGCUUCGGCGCUUGUGGCACUGAGCUCCACGACACCGACAUGAUUGUUGCCCUCGCCAAGCCUGCCUGGGGAGAAUCUACCUAUGAUGUCAUGACCGGAGCAUCUACCAACCCAUGGUGUGGACAAAAGAUCAAGGUCGAAUACCAAGGCAACUCUAUUGAGGCUACCAUUAUGGACAUGUGUCCUGGCUGCCUUAAGCACGACAUCGAUCUCUCUCUUGCGGCCUGGAAGGCGCUCACUGGGCUCGAUGAGAAGACCCGUCUCAAGGCCUCCUGGUCCCCAAUCUCUUAA